GGCUCGUUAAGCUACUCUGUUUGGCUUUCCCUCCAUUCUGAUUAUUUAUAACAAGCGAAACACAGAGCGAGAGAGGCAAGCGACCAACUUGGAAGUGAGAAAGAUAAAACAGAAGAAAUGAGAGGUGGGAGAAAACCAGGAAGCUGCGCAGCGAUUCGGCCUUUUCCUCUAUCCUCAAGCUCCCGAUCCUCCAAUGGACUCGCUUCUUCAGAGGAUAUAGUGGGUGGCCCUCCAAGAUGGAUUGGACGGGGACUUUCUUGUGUCUGCAUCAAACGGAAAGGAAUUUACGAGCGUGACUUCACAAAUCUAACGCCAUUACAGGUGGAAAGGUUAAAAAUGCUGAAGCAUCGAAUGAACAUCUAUUUUGAUCCCUCAAGGAAUGAUCAUCAGGAAACAUUAAGAGCUCUUUGGAAUGCUGCGUAUCCAGAUACAGAACUCAUCGGAUUGAUCUCAGAGCAGUGGAAGCAAAUGGGUUGGCAGGGUAAGGACCCAUCAACUGACUUCAGGGGAGCUGGAUUCAUUUCUUUGGAGAACCUUCUCUUCUUUGCUAAAUCAUUUACUGUGCCCUUUCAGAGUUUGCUGAAUAAGCAAGGUGGAAAGCGAGCUGCUUGGGAGUACCCUUUUGCAGUUGCUGGUGUCAACAUAACAUUUAUGAUCAAGCAAAUGCUCGAUUUGGAUUCCUCCAAGCCUAGGACAUUUAUCAAAACUGUUCUUCUCCAAAUGUUAGCAGGGGAUGACCGGGCUUUCGACCUGUUAUACUGUGUGGCUUUCAUGAUCAUGGACAAGCAAUGGCUGGAAAAGAAGGCCUCCUACAUGGAAUUCAAUGAAGUUCUGAGAUCAACCCGAACUCGGUUGGAGAGGGAGCUUCUAUUUGAUGAUGUUGUGCGGAUAGAAGACAUGCCAUCAUAUAGCCUUCUCUUGUAAGAACCACGAGUCUACCAUAGCCAUGAUGAAAUAUGUACAUAGUGAUCUACCCCGCCUUUCUACUAAUAUUUUUCUUCUCUAAAUAUUCUUGUGAGUUUAUGAAAAUUUUGGCUAGCAGCGUAGAUCGAGUUGUAGAACUUCGACGCACAAGGCUUUGCUUUCUACUUGUCAAUUAUUUAUCUUCUUUCUCAGCUGGUUUUGCGUGUCACUAUGUAGCUAACCAGCCAGUCUGUAAUGAACGAGAAAUUAUUCUGUGCGGAUGCCGGACGCUGCUCUACGUCCGGAUGUCGCGGUACCGAGUACGGAGCAGUACUGAGCUGCAGUACAGUAAAAAAGUGGUGUGGUGCAUUUUUAUUGGUCUCUGAUGUUGUUCGGUGUCCAAACAGAAUAAUUUUUCGUAGUGAAUGAGUUCAAGUUGUGUCUAUUAAUCAGCCUUUGUAAUUAGCCUUGAAAGUUUAUCAAAAUCUGUCUUAUUCA